AUGGAGCCGAUUUCGAGUGCCCUGUUAUCUGUGAUCACUGCCUUACCAGACGAAAUACCGCAGGGUCUUCGGCUGCAAUACACCGAGCUGAUUCGCAAUCAUGCGGGAGCUCUCGAUGGGCUAUCUGAGAAUGCCAAUAAUUAUAUGGCACCAGCGGAGAAGGUAUAUGAAGCAUGCAAAAUAAUCAUCCAAGACCGAUGUAUUGGCACAUCAUCUCCCAGAUAUCAUGAGCAACAGAAGAUGAACUGGUCCCGAACAUGCUGGCUUGCAGCUGCCUGUUUCUUCGUUCUUGAAAACAUGGUGGAGAUAGCAAUCGUGAUGAAACUUAUUACUCACCUGCAAUGCCCGUUUGCGAUUCGCAGUGGUGGACACAAUGCAAAUCCUGGAUUCAGUAGUGUCGAUGGCCACGGAGUUGUACUUGAUCUCAGCUCCCUUCGGCACGUGGAGCUUUCUGAGGACAGGAAGGUCAUAUCCGCGGGCCCGGGUGCAACAUGGGAUAUUGUGUACAAAAAGCUGGAAGAGUAUGACCUGACAGUAGCUGGUGGGCGAGUUGCAGAAGUCGGUGUUGGUGGCUUGAUCACUGGAGGGGGAAUGUCUCAUUUUUCCAACCACUGGGGCUUUGCUUGCGACCACGUCAGAAACUUCGAGGUCGUGACAGCUGAUUCUCGUAUUGUACAAGCUAAUUGUACCGAGAAUACUGAUCUCUACCACGCCCUGAAAGGGACUGGAUCGAAUUUCGGUAUUGUCAGUCGCUUCGAUAUAUACGUGCACCAAGGAUGUGAUAUUUGGUGGACGAUGCGAAUGUACAACGUGACGGACGGGGAUCGUGUCAUGAAAGCCAUGUUUAACCUUCAGAAGGCCAUGGAUGAAGAUGAUAAAAUAGGGUCCUUUUUAUCUAUCAAUCCGGGAUUUUUCAUUCUGGGAUUGCUUUACAAGGAGAGUUCUGCCCCACCAGAUGCGUUUCAGGAAUUCGAUACCAUCGAGCCAAAAGCGAUUCCCAUCCCAGGAACAAAAACAACAUACCUUGCCUCAGCUCGAGCACUUUCUAUGUCUACAUCCAUGAACUACGCGGUUUUCAAACUACGCUCAUGCGCAGAUAUUGGGGUUUACUGA